GAAGUCUUUAUCUGUAGAGUUUGACCAAGGAAAAGGUUCAGUGUCAGCCCCCACCAGCCCUGGCUGGGUCAAGAAAAGCAAAGACUUUGGUUCUUGAUUUUGUCUUGUCUGCACAGCAGUGCAGCUUGCUCUCUGUUUCAAACGCCUUUGCUUCUCUUAACUUUAUCUGUGGGACUGAGAGAAGUCUAACACGAGCAGAAGAUGCUGUUCAGUGUGAAGAACUUAUUCAGUGCUGCAAAACUAACAAUGACCAGCAGGCAGUGGCUGCGACAGUUUUGGUUCACUGCUGGCAAUCGAUGGGAACUUUCUCUGGUAAGCAGAAGUGAUAGAAAAGCAAGUUUGUAAAACAAUGACAGGUAUGGGCCACCAGCUCAAAUGAAUGUUCAUCUGAAAGGUCGUGACCUCCUUACUCUGCAGAACUACACAGCAGAUGAGCUGAAGUAUUUGCUGUGGGUGGCUGCAGAUUUGAAGCAAAGGAUAAAGUGCAAAGGAGAGUAUUUGCCUUUGAUGCAAGGAAAAUCUUUGGCCAUGAUUUUUGAGAAGAGAAGUACAAGAACAAGAUUAUCUGCAGAAACAGGAUUUGCUCUACUUGGAGGACAUCCUGCCUUCCUUACAACACAAGACAUACAUCUGGGCACUAAUGAGAGUUUCACAGAUACAGCAAGGGUGCUUUCCAGCAUGACAAAUGCAAUCUUGGCUCGAGUUUAUAAGCAUAACGAUCUGCACCUAAUGACGAAACAAGCCACUAUCCCAAUAAUCAAUGGAUUGUCCGAUUUACACCAUCCUCUCCAGAUUUUAGCUGAUUACCUAACUCUUCAGGAGCACUAUGGUGGGCUGAAUGGGCUUACAAUCACCUGGAUUGGGGAUGGAAACAACGUUCUUCACUCCAUCAUGACAAGUGCUGCAAAGCUGGGAAUUCACCUGCGUAUUGCAACUCCCAUGGGCUUUGAACCAGACCUCAAGAUAACUAAAAUAACUGAGCAGUUCUCCAGUGAGUAUGGUACCAAGUUACUCCUCACAACAGACCCUUUGGAGGCUGCAGAUGGUGCCAAUGUCUUAGUUACAGAUACAUGGAUAAGUAUGGGGCAAGAAGAGGAAAAGAAAGAAAGACUAAAGGCAUUUCAAGGUUAUCAAAUUACAAUGCAGACUGCGAAAUCUGCUGCUUCCAACUGGACUUUUUUACACUGUUUACCCAGAAAACCUGAAGAAGUUGAUGAUGAAGUAUUUUAUUCUCCACGGUCAUUGGUUUUCCAGGAGGCUGAAAACAGAAAAUGGACAAUUAUGGCUGUCAUGGUUUCCCUGCUGACAGAUUACUCACCACAGCUACAAAAGCCUACAUUUUAAUGCUUGGAUUUCUGCCAAGAGAAAAAAAUUCCUCAUCGGCAGAAUAUUCUGGUCUUCAAAUGCAUCGAUCUUCUUCAGAAAGGAUCAAAGCAAUGAAUGCUUCUUUAAUAAAACUGUACAGUUAGCUGUAUAAUAUUGCAUUACAUCCAUGACAAUGUUCAAGACAAUAAACACCAUUGCAAAAGCUGCUUUUCA